CCUAAUCAUUUUCUUUAUUUAGUGUAGUCAACACUAAAUCAUUAUUAGUCACAGGGAGCGGUUAAACAUGUUCUAACCAUCAGUAGUUGUGUGUUUACUGGGUCAGUCAGUGUGAGGAGGUGACCGUUGACGACACCAGUUGAGCUGUUGAGUCUCCACAGGAGGAGCCAGUUAGUCACCGACAGACUGCUACAUUAUAACAGACAUUACAGACAUAACAGACCAUCAGACAUGGCACGCCGGUCGGGCUCGGAGACCUUCAGCACCAGGCUAUAGUGGUCAUCACACCCAGUCCACGCCUGACCGUGAGGAUGGACACGAUACGUCCAUGACCUCCUUUGGUGUUGCCGUCCGAGGCCUCCCCCUGGCCUUGGCGUCCAUGACGCAAGCUACCACCUCAGACUCCCGCUUCCACCCUAAAUGGCGGGCGAUCACUGUGGCGACCCUGCUGGCUUUAGUGCUCAUGUUAUACCUGCACCGGACAGUAGGGGACAGAGACACUACUACCAGAGGAUACUACCGCAACCGGGUUCACGGUUUGCAAAUGCACAGCGAGGGUGAGGAUGACAUCUUCAGGGACGCUAACAGACAAACUGCACGGAGCCUCUCUCGCCACCAGAGAAAGGAAAAACCGUACAAUGACACAUACCCGUUAAGUCGGCCAGAGAAGACCAAGCACGGCAUCCGCUACCGUAUCGGUGUGAUUGCGGAUCUGGACACAGCGUCGCGUAGCUCGAAAGAUCAGACGUGGUUCAGCUACAUGAAAAGAGGUCACCUGACUGUUUCAGACAGCGCUGACAGACUGGAGGUGGAGUGGGAUGCUGAGACUGUCACACUGGAGAGUCAUCUGGCUGAGAAAGGACGAGGUAUGGAGCUGUCUGAGCUGGUGGCGUUCAACGGUCACCUGUACAGUGUGGACGACCGUACAGGCGUGGUGUAUAGGAUCGAGGGCAACCAGGCUGUCCCCUGGGUUAUAUUACCUGACGGUGACGGCUCAGUUUCCAAAGGAUUCAAGGCAGAGUGGCUGGCAGUGAAGGAUGAGCACCUGUACGUUGGCGGCCUGGGGAAAGAAUGGACCACGACCACUGGAGUAGUCGUCAACAACCACCCAGAGUGGGUGAAAGUUGUAGGCUACCACGGUGAUGUGCAGCAUGAGAACUGGGUGCCGUACUACAAUGCUCUGCGGAGCGCAACAGGGAUACAUCCACCAGGCUACCUUAUCCAUGAAUCGGCAGCGUGGAGUGAGCGUCUCCAGCGCUGGUUCUUCCUCCCUCGCCGCGCCAGUCACGAGCACUACGAAGAGACCGCAGACGAGCGGCGCGCCACCAACCUCCUCCUGUCCUGCCCCGCAGAUUUCAGCCACAUGACGGUGCGGCACGUCGGCCCGCUCAACCCGACCCACGGCUUCUCCUCGUUUAAAUUUGUCCCGGACACGGACGAUCAGAUCAUUCUGGCCCUGAAAUCAGAAGAGGACGCGGGCAGGAUCGCCACCUACAUCAUUGCAUUUACGCUGGACGGUCGGGUGUUGAUGCCCGAGACAAAGAUAGGGAAUGUGAAGUUUGAAGGGCUGGAGUUCAUUUGAAAAGGGCGGCGCCGAAGGUCUGCAGGGAUCCUCCAUGGUUUGACGCCUGAGAAGUGGACUGUAUACAUGCAACACUGUUGUUUUGAGUCCUUUAAAUUACAUUCCCCUCCCAGUUCUACUGUGCAAUAAUAUUGUAUGACCCCAAAUUUAUAUAUUUCAUAAUUAUAUGAUAAUUGAGAGGAGCAAGAGAAGGUAGAAGGGCAGGAGAAUGCAAUACCACCACCACAAUUAAGUGUCACCAACAAUUUACCCAUUCAUUUUUUUGAGUGACCAGUUUGGGCGGCCCAUCUGUGAGUAGCUACACACACCAGUCGCACAGAAAUCGUCACCAGCCGGUCACCACCCAAUAAGAUUUUUAAUGCUUUUAUAAUUAGACACUAUUGAUCUUAGCUGUCAGUCUAUCAAACAGCAGGUGAUGUGGAUCUCCUCUCCUGCAGCCAAACUCUGCUGGUCAGACACUCAGGGGAACAAACAGGAUGAAAGAUCUUAAGGAAAAGAAACAAAUGUCCUUAAAAUUACUUGAAAUAUAACAAGCAUACUCAUUUCUUUGUGUUUUAUCUUACCUGUUCAGACACACUGAAGUCUCUGUUGUUACAUGUAUGUUAAUGUAAUGGGUAUGCAUAUCAACUUUCUGAUUUACAUGUGAUCAGUUUUUCUGAGCAGGUCCACCUCAAAUGUUUCUCACAUGCGUUAAUAAACUGAAUAUCAUCAGCUUCUCAAGCCAGACAACAAAUGAAGCACCAGCUAUUUAAUUUAAACAGUAAUUAUUACACUAUUCAUAUAUUAAUUUUGUAUCCUCUCAAAAUGCAAUUAAAAGAUCUUUUCUUGUUUGAA